AUAGCUCUAUGGCCUUGUUUUUCUGGCUGGCUGUCUCUCUCCUCUCUCUCUCAGGCAAAGUUUCGGAAUUGCUGCCGCUGCUGCUUUUCCCCAUCUUUGACUCCGUACUUUCUCUUCUCGUCUCUUCUCUUCUGCUAAGCCUUCAUCAUCGUCUCAUUCUCCUCUUUUCCUCCAUUAACUUCUUGAAAUUAGCCAACAUUUUUUGGUACAAUUGACCAUUUGGUUUUUAGUUUUUAAUUUUGCUAUCGGUUGCCGGAGCCGGUGGAAGGGCCGGGGGACGACUGGGGGUGGGGUUGUUCAUACGACUGGGACGGGCUUUUGCGACGUCGGAGGACUGAGUCAACUGGGAGAACGGAGCUUUGUUUUGACUUGGGGACUUUGGCGGCAAAAGGUUAGCGUAGAAUUCGGGAACCGAUAGUUUUCCGGCUAGGUUUUUUCAGAUCUGGAAAAGGGGGGAACCGCGGGUGUUUUUGGUGGGAAAUUUGAUUUUUGUUUUGGGGAAUUUUGAACGGGAGGAGACGGAAGCUAGUUGGUGGUGUGAAUGGUUGCUUGCGGCGGCAGAGGAAGCGGUGGCGCGUUGGCAUGAUAAUGAGCGGAGUCGGAUGGUGGCGGCGGUGGUGUUGGUGCGGUGGUGAGAGUUUCACAUGGAAUGGCAGAUCUUGUUAGCUACGGGAAUGCCGACCGUGACAUCGAGCAGGCAUUGAUUGCUCUAAAGAAGGGAGCUCAACUACUGAAAUAUGGUCGUAAGGGGAAGCCAAAAUUUUAUCCAUUUAGACUUUCUAGUGAUGAAACAUCUUUAAGUUGGAUUUCUAGUAGUGGUGAAAGAAUUUUGAAAUUAGCUUCGGUUCAAAGAAUCAUACCUGGACAAAGAACUGCUGUUUUCCAACGUUAUCUGCGCCCUGAAAAAGAGUACUUAUCCUUCUCUCUCAUAUAUAACAACGGGAAAAGAUCCCUUGACCUGAUUUGCAAAGAUAAAGUUGAGGCAGAAAUCUGGAUAGCUGGCCUCAAGGCAUUAAUUUCAUCUGGACAAGCAGGGCGUUCAAAAAUUGAUGGGUGGAGCGAUGGGGGUAUCUAUUUCGAUAACAACAAAGAUUUGACGUCCACUAGUCCAAGUAACAGUUCUGUGAGUGUUACCCGAGAAGUUAGCUCGCCUGACCCUUCUGUCAGUUCAAGCACAAUCACGUCUCCAAAGAGCAAUCGUGGUGAGAACUUGAUAUUCUCAGAAAGGUCACAUGUGUCAUUGGAUCAAACAAUGCAAGUGAAAGGAUCAGGUUCAGAUGCUUUUCGGGUUAGUGUAUCUAGCGCCCCUAGUACUUCCAGCCACGGUUCUGCGCCAGACGAUUGCGAUGCAUUAGGGGAUGUGUAUAUUUGGGGUGAAGUUAUUUGCGACAACAUUGUCAAGGUUGGGCCGGAAAAGAACACAAGUUCCAUCAGCGCAAGAACUGAUGUUCUUCUACCCCGGCCGUUGGAAUGCAAUGUUGUUCUGGACGUGCAUUAUAUAGCAUGUGGGAUCAAACAUGCCGCCCUUGUCACGAGGCAGGGUGAGGUCUUCUGUUGGGGAGAAGAAGCUGGCGGACGGCUGGGCCAUGGAAUCGGGAAAGAUGUCACUCAACCUUGCCUUGUGGAAUCAUUAAGUUUUUGUAGUGUCGAUUUUGUUGCCUGUGGAGAGUUUCACACUUGUGCUGUCACAAUGGCGGGUGAGCUUUACACAUGGGGCGACGGAAUGCACUAUGCUGGGCUCUUGGGUCACGGCACUGACAUCAGUCAUUGGAUACCAAAGAGAAUUUCAGGUCCACUUGAGGGUCUUCAAGUUGCAUCAGUAACCUGUGGCCCUUGGCAUACUGCGUUGAUAACGUCAAUGGGACAGCUCUUUACCUUUGGAGAUGGGACUUUUGGUGUUUUGGGCCAUGGAAACCGAGAAAAUGCUUUUUAUCCGAGGGAGGUUGAAUCGCUGUCGGGGCUGAGGACUGUAGCUGUUGCAUGUGGAGUUUGGCAUACUGCCGCUGUUGUUGAGGUGAUCGUAACCCAAUCCAGUGCUAGUUUUUCAUCCGGAAAAUUGUUCACUUGGGGAGAUGGUGAUAAAAAUCGUCUCGGCCAUGGCGACAAGGAACCUCGCCUAAAGCCCACAUGUGUGCCUGCGCUUAUCGAUCACAAUUUCCACAAGGUUGCCUGUGGACACAGCUUGACUGUCGGACUGACCACAUCUGGUCGUGUUUUCACUAUGGGAAGUACGGUAUAUGGUCAGCUUGGAAAUCCCCGUUCUGAUGGAAAGCUACCUUGCUUGGUGGAAGACAAGCUCCCCGCUGAAUCUGUCGAGGAAAUUUCUUGCGGCUCUUACCAUGUUGCUGUGUUGACAUCGAAGAAUGAAGUGUACACGUGGGGCAAAGGAGCUAAUGGAAGAUUAGGCCACGGAGAUAUAGAGGAUCGGAAAAUGCCCACAGUAGUUGAAGCUUUAAAAGAUCGACAUGUUAAAUCUAUUGCCUGUGGUUCGAAUUACACAGCUGCCAUAUGCCUUCACAAAUGGGUUUCGGGCGCUGAGCAGUCUCAAUGCUCGGCUUGUCGCCAAGCUUUUGGUUUUACAAGAAAGCGGCAUAAUUGUUACAACUGUGGACUAGUACACUGCCAUGCUUGCAGUUCUAGGAAAGCACCUCGGGCAGCAUUGGCGCCGAAUCCCAGCAAACCCUACCGUGUAUGUGACGCGUGUUUUGUGAAACUAAGUAAAGUGGCAGAAGCCGGAGCUAGCAACAGGAGGAAUUCCGGGCCGAGGCUAUCUGGUGAAAACAAGGACAGGUUGGACAAGGUUGAUCUAAGGUUGGCCAAGUCGGCGCAGCUGUCUAACCUUGAUUUAAUCAAACAGCUAGAUAUCAAAGCAGCCAAACAAGGAAAGAAGGCCGAUACAUUUUCUUUUGGCCGCGCGUCGCAAGUUUCCCUGUCGCAGCUGAGAGAUGCUGUUAUGCCUUCUGGCGUCGAGGCGCGCCGAGCUGUUCCGAGGCCAGUUCUUGCACCCUCGAGUGUUAGUUCAAGAUCUGUGUCGCCCUUCUCGAGAAAGCCAAGUCCACCGCGGUCUGCAACACCAGUCCCCACAACAGGAGGUCUUUCGUUCUCCAAAAGUGUUGCUGACAGCAUAAAGAAGACGAACGAACUUCUGAAUCAGGAAGUGCAUCAGUUGCGGUUGCAGGUUGAAAGCCUUAAGAACCGCUGCGAAUUGCAAGAGCUGGAACUCCAACGAUCGGCUAAAAAGGCUCAGGAAGCAGUGGCAGUAGCUGCAGACGAAUCAGCUAAGUGUAAAGCUGCAAAAGAAGUUAUAAAAUCACUCACUGCGCAGCUUAAAGACAUGGCUGAGAGAUUGCCACCGGGGGCCUACGAUGCUGAAAGUCUCAAGCUAGUUUACCUGCCGAAUGGGUUGGAACCGAAUGGCAUUCACACCCUCAGUGAAAAUGAUGAAAGAAUUUCGAAAUCUGAUGCUUACUCAGUCCCAGAUUCUGCGAUUUCAAAAUUGCCUGCCGAAACAGCUGCUAUUGAUGAGAGUAGCUCGAAUGCUCAGGGCAUCAGUCUACCCACCUCUAAUGGAGCAAAUGAUCAUCAGGAUGGAAGAUUCUCUGAUGGCAGAGGAGCUGCUCAGGUCUACAGAGGCAGUUUAUCCGAAAGCCCCGACACAAAAGACUCCGGGCCAUACCAGGACGGAGAAACUGGCGGAUUGAAGCCAAAGAACUCUGUAGUUCCAGCAAACGCCAGCCACAUUGAAGCUGAAUGGAUCGAACAAUAUGAGCCCGGUGUAUAUAUUACGCUUGUAGCCCUUCGAGAUGGAACCAGAGAUCUCAAGCGCGUGCGAUUCAGCCGGAGAAGAUUUGGGGAACACCAAGCGGAAACAUGGUGGUCGGAGAAUCGCGAGAAGGUUUAUGAGAAAUACAAUGUCCGUGGAUCGGACAAGUCAUCGGUGUCCGGUCAGAUCUGAUGUGAAGAAACUAGCUCCAUCUUCCUACAUUGGGAUUAGAAUCAGGAUAUUGUAUUAACACCUCCACCUGAGCCAUAUAAUGAAGAAGGCAAUACUUCAUUUUUUUGUCCCAUUAUGGUACAUCUUCUUGUUCUUCUUCUUCUCUAUCUGUUAGUUAUUCUCAGUUUAGUAUUCUUGAAGAAAAGCUCAAGACUUGUUCAAUCUACUGCCUGUUUUUUUAAUAUUUCUAGCAUUAUGUAUGUAUGUAUGUAUAUAAUAAACUCUCAUUUAUUCCA